AUCACAUUUCUAUCAACCUCCAAAAUUAGCAUCGUCCAGAAAAUUUUCCGUGGAAGCAAACAGAUAUGCGUAUAUAUACUACAUAGGUAGAGAGAGAAAGAUGUCGAUUUUCCCGGAAAAUCGAGGGAAAAUCGAUCGUCCUAAGCCCUGCAUUUUCGGUGGCGAAAACAGUUUAAUCCAACUCAGCCCCCUUCUCUCUCAAAUUCUCUCUCUAGAAUUCAUAUUCUGUAGUUAGAGUUGUUCUCAAUUUCUUUGCAUUUCAAGAUUGAUCGUGAUACAGUUGUCGAAUUGAAUUACGAUCAGCAAGAUUUGUUUGCUUUCCCGGAAAAUUUGUCGAUUCUUUUCCGGGAAAUACGAUGCGCGUUUGAAUCUGGUUGAAAUUGGCAUAUACAAGAAUCCUUUUGAACGAAACUUCUUUCUCUCUCUCUAUUGAUUACUCCUAAUCGAAACCCUAGCUCAUCAAUCUGCUUUCUCCCGAACACGCUUUCUCUCUCUAGGAGAAGGAAAAGAUUUACAAAUGACUCGGCAGAUCCUGCUUCGAUCGCCGGCGGUGGACCGUCGGCAGCCGCUCCUGAACGAGGAAACGUCGCCGAAGCAUCAGCACCGCCGGUUCGGCGAGGUGGCGGGAGGGACGACGGCGGAGUGCGCGGCGGUGUGCUGCUGCUGUCCAUGCGCGAUGAUGCACCUCCUGAUCAUGGCCGUCUACAGGGUCCCUACCGGCCUCUGCAAGAAGGCUCUGAGGAAGCAGAGGAGAAAGAAACUGAUGAAGAAGAAGCAGCUCCUCUUGCAGCGGCCAGCAACGCCACCGAAUCAGCUGGGCGGGCCCAACGCAGCAGCAGCGGCGAUGGGUUUCUGCUACGACGAAUCGGAGGCGGAGGGUGACGAUGGAUCGGACGGUGAUGAUGAUAAUCAGGCGGUGUUCGGGAAUGCAUCAGCGGCCGUUGAUUUGGAGAAGGUGAUGUGGGACCAAUUCUAUGGGACUGGGUUCUGGAGGAGUUCUUCGCAGAGAGAGAAUGAGAGUUCAAUUUGACUUCCUACUCUCUACCCUACACUGUACCAACAACACUGCUGUUGUAAAUUGUCUGCGAUUGCCACGACUUGAGAGUGAUUGGGGACCGUUUAAUGGAUUGAUCGGACGGUAUAGAAGAGGCUGGUUUUUGGCGAUUAAGCUGUUGAUAGAAAUGAAGAGCUUUUUUUAGCUUCGAAUUUCAUUUUUACGGAAUUGUAUACACCCCUUCUUUUUUUUCUUUUCUUUUUUUUGGUUACUACGAAGAUAAGAAAUAUACAUACAUUUUGAGAAA